CAGACUUCUUCCAACUCUCGUCGCAGUGGCUUCAAUACGAGCUGUAGGAUUUGGAAUUGCUCGGUACCACAAAAUGUCCACUGCAAAUGAGCGCCGGGACAUUGUCAUCGUCGGUGGCGGUAUCAUUGGCUGCUGCUCGGCAUAUUAUUUAACGAGACAUCCGUCAUUUGAUCCAUCGCGACACUCAGUAACUCUUAUCGAAGCGUCUGAGAUUGCGGGAGGCGCGUCUGGCAAGGCCGGGGGCCUUUUGGCGCAAUGGGCAUACCCAAGCAACAUCGUGCCGCUGAGCUACAAAUUACAUGCAGAACUGGCCAAAGAGCACGGCGGAAAGGAUAGAUGGGGAUACAGAGAGGUCAACUGUGGGCAGCUUAUCGCAAAAGGCCGUCCGCUGAAUGAGAAGAAAGAGGCGCCGGGCGGAGAGGCUGGCAGCUCAGUAUCUCUACAGAAGCGAAGUGCAGAUGCCCUGGGGAAGUUGAAGAGCGCGAGAGUCCCGCAGGAUCUUGACUGGAUUGAGCCGGAAUUGCUGAGAGGCUACGAGAGCAUGAGUGACCCCGGAGAAACUGCUCAAGUCCACCCCUACCUCUUCACCACAUCCAUCGCCAAACUUGCCGAAGAGAAAGGCGCAAAUAUCACUCUCGGAUCUGUAUCGAGCAUCGGUUACUCCGGAGAUGCCGUUGAGUCGGUUUCCUACACAGACAAGAAAUCGGGCGAAGCGCAUACUAUUCCCGCCACAGACGUCGUUGUUGCUGCCGGUCCCUGGACAAGUUCGAUAUUGCCAGAUGCUCCUAUCUCUGCGACGCGGGCCCACAGUGUUGUUAUUCGACCGACGAGACCAGUUAGCGGAUACACUUUGUUCACCAACAUCGAGAUCCCCGCCAACUUCGACCCAGCGAAACCCUCACGCCCGACUGUUGCGCAGCCGGAGAUCUACGCUCGCCCCGAUGACACGGUGUAUGCAUGUGGAGAGGGUGACCAUGUUGUACCGCUCCCAGCAACCACAGCAGACGUUGAAGUCGAUGAGAAGCGAUGUCAGGAUAUCAUCAACGAGGUUGGCAGCGUCUCAGAUGAGCUGCGCGACGGCCAGAUUUGCGCGCGCCAAGCUUGCUACUUGCCCAAUGUCACCAUGCGCGGAGGCCCGUUAGUCGGCCAUGCUGGGGCCAAGGGGCUGUACCUUGCUGCUGGCCAUACUUGCUGGGGUAUUCAAAAUGCGCCUGGUACGGGCAAGGUGAUUAGCGAAUUUGUCUUUGAUGGACAGGCCAAGAGCGCCAAGAUCUCGUCACUUGAUCCCAGAAAUUAUCUUUAGAGAGACGAUUAGUGUAUAUAGUCUAGAGAAAUACAACAUGACGAUUCAAG